AGCACCAAAUCGUUGUGUGCCAACCGACAAAAAAACCUCAAAGAAGAAAGAAGUGGAGCUGAGGAAGGAAUGAAAGAGUAGUAGAGCACCGAGCAGCGCGGUAGAAAAACGUUGACUCCAUUUCAAACUGUUUCUCCAUCCGACCGGUGAGAUCUGUUCACCGAGUCCCCGCACUACAAACUCCCGGACCGCUUCAUAUCGACUCCUCAGCUGCUUCAGGUAACCCGCCAUUCGGCCAGAAAACCCAGCAGAAACCUGGACCGGAUUCACGGACUGGAGAAGUGACUGGCUCAUUCUUUUCACUCAGAGACCAGAUGGCUUUCAGAUCAGAGGAGGAUCUCUGCUGUCCGGUCUGUCAUGAUGUCUUUAGAAAUCCUGUUGUUCUGACAUGUAGCCACAACUUCUGUAAAGACUGUCUGCAGAGAUGGUGGAGACAGAAACAAGCUAGAGAGUGUCCAGUCUGUAAGACGACAUCUUUAAAUUCAAAUCCACCUUGUUAUCUGGUGUUAAAGAACCUGUGUGAGUCCUUCUUACUGGAGAGAGAUCAGAGAGCUUCAGGGGCUCUCUGCAGUCUGCACUCUGAGAAACUCAAACUCUUCUGUCUGGACCAUCAGCAGCCAGUGUGUCUCAUCUGUCUGCAUUCAGAAACACACUCCAACCACAGAAUCAGACCCAUCGAUGAAGCUGCACGACAACACAUGGAGGAGCUUCAGGAAACUCUGGAGCCCUUAAAGGAGAAGGUAAAGGGUUUUGAACAAGUUAAAGUGAAGUUUGAUCAGACAGAAAAACACAUGAAGGUCCAGGCGCAGCGCUUAGAAUCGCGGAUCCAGGAGCAGUUUAAGAAGCUUCACCAGUUUUUAGAAGAGGAAGAGGAGGCCAGGUUGGCUGCACUGAGGGAGGAAGAGGAGCAGAAGAGUCAUAGGAUGAAGGAUAAUAUGAAGGCUCUGAGCAGAGAGAUAGCAGCUCUUUCAGACACAGUCAGAGCCACAGAGGAGCAGCUGAGAGCUGAAGACGUCUCAUUCCUGAUCAACUACAAGGCUGCAGUGGAAAGAGUCCAGCAGCGCCCCCUGCUGGAUGAUCCACAGCUGCUCUCAGGAGCUCUGAUAGACGAGGCCAAACACCUGGGCAACCUAAGCUUCAACAUCUGGAACAAGAUGAAGGACAUGGUCUCCUACACUCCUGUGAUUUUGGAUCCAAACACUGCUGGUCCAUUACUCAUCAUGUCUGAAGAUCUGACCAGCGUGAGAGUAGGAAAGAGACAGCAGCUUCCUGAUAAUCCAGAGAGGUUUGAUAAAUACCCCUCUGUCCUGGGCUCUGAGGGCUUUAACUCAGAGACUCACAGCUGGGACGUCGAGGUUGGAGACAGUACAGGCUGGUCAAUCGGCGUGUUAGCAGAGUCUGUCCAGAGGAAGGGAAGCAUACAGUCUGGAUUAUGGAUAAUAUUGUUCCAUAAAGGUAAAUACGCAGUGGGAUCACCACCAGCUCCACGCACUGAUGUCGUAGUGCAGAACAAGGUACAGAGGAUCAGAGUGACUCUGGACUGGAACAGAGGAAAGCUGUCGUUCUCUGAUGCUGAUACUGACACACACAUACACACCUUCACACACACCUUUACUGAGAAGAUGUUUCCAUUCAUUUUAACUGCUAGUAAAGUAAAAAUAUCACCUGUAAAUGUUUGUGUAACAGUGGAACAAAACAGUUAAGAGGAUGGUUAUAUUCAUUUGUUUUUUCUUAACCCUUGUGCUGUCCUUCGGGUCCCAGUGACCCGAAGGACAACACAAGGAUUAUGUACUUCCCUUUACUUUGUUGAGAA